UCUGCAAUGGCGCUUGGAUUUUCAAAAUUUUAAAUUUUAAAUCUGUAAUAACUGCACAAAUAUCCAGUUUAUUACUAAGCAGUUUAAAUUACCAAAUCAACCAUGUCACAAAGAAGCCGUUUACCUAAAAAAGUGACCUUGAAUGCACAGGGGAAUGUAAAAAAGGAAUCUCACGUCGAUGUUCCAACUGUGAAGAAAGAGGUUCCAAUACGAAAGAAUCACAAGCCUGUUGAUGUGACAUCUGUUGUCUCUCGUCUUUAUGAACCAACCAUCAGCACAAUUGGAAAAUGUGGAGCAUCAAAAUCUGACAUAGCUAAAGAAGUGGAAAAAAGAAAGCGACAUGACAGUGGAAGUUCCGACAAUUUGACUCCAACAGCAAUGAAACCAGCCACCAAACGCAGCCUGUCUAAUCUAACACAAACCAAAUGUAAGACACAGUUUAGCAGCCAGCCAAACACUGUAUUCAACACUAAGCCUCCAGUGUCUGGGGAGCGAAUAAGAAGGUUCUCAGCUUCAAAACAGAGCAAUACUAAAAGUCAAAGCUACAAUGAGUUGAAGAAGAAAACCUCAGAUCUCGAAGACGAGUUAAACAAUUUAAAAAAUCUUCAUGUAGACAAAGUUAAACAUUUGGAGCAGUCACUUGAACAGGCAACAAAAGAGGCAGAAAUGAUUAAGCAAGAGAAUGAAGAGGUGACCAGUAAACUUCAACAAAAAGAAAAAUAUUAUAAAGAAACUAUGGUGGAAAGUAAAAAAGACCAAGAUACUCUCAAGUCAAAGGUGGAAGAUUGUGAAAAGAAACUUCUGCAAUGUAAAAUUGAUCCAGUUACAUUGAAGUCAAUGGAAAAUGACAGCGAUGAAGAGGCCCAAAUUGAAAAGAGAAGGCAGGAAGCAAAGGCCAAGGCAAUUGCAUUCAAAGAGAAGCUUGACAAGUUUAAUUUGAAGUCUCAGUUGCACCUGGACAGCUUGAAGGAGACACUAGGGAAAUGUAUCAGCACGACCUGGAUAGCCAUGAAAACACAAUACUAACAUGAUACCACAAUAAAGUGCCAUUCAUUGUAAAUUGGGUCAUCCACAUCAAUCUUGUACAUAGCAAACAUUAAACAUAAAGAAUGCUCACAUUUCUUAUAUUCUUGUAAAGUAUUGUACAUGAUAAAAGACAUUUAUAGAUGAACAUUGUACACACAUGUAAAAUUCAUCAUUGUUGUACAUAUAGUAAAGGACAUUUAUAUACAUCAUGUCAUGUACAUGAACGCUGGUAGCAUACAUUUCACAGGAUAUAUGGUAGCAGGAAUUUGGACUUUGGGCUACAUAUAUAAUAUGGAAAUGUUGUUUUUGUUGGUCAUUUUGUGAUUCAAAAUGCUCUAAUUUCAUUUCCAUUCAUUCAUUUUUAUGAGUUUUCAUUUGUGAGACUCUAAAAUACAAUUGGUUUAACUGCAUCUAGGCAUAUUUUCAUUAUUUAGAGUGAGAGACAUAUUUUAGAAGUGAUUUUUACUACAUUAUGCAGCCUGAUACAUUUAUAACAAAGAUGACUGCUACUAUAAAACUUAAAAUAACAAUAUUCAAUAGUUUGAGAUCUUGAGUUUUAGUCCAUUUGUAAGAAUUAGAUAUAGGAAUACAUGGAAUAAUAUGAGAAAUUCGA